GGGCAACACCUCAAUGCAGCUCAUGGUCAAUCCGGCCUAAAGAGCCAUACAGCUUGAAUGAUGGUUUCGCAGCAUAAUAAGGUACUGGGCCCUACGUCGCCAGGACAAGUGGCGGAGCCCUCCACGUCAGUGACUUCGGUUGAUACAUCAAGUCGGCAUUUGCUGGGACUCCAUGCCCCUUCGCCGGAUCAAUCUAAUAACCCCAAUAUUCUCACCGGCGACUCCAGCACAAGAUCUCGCUCUCAAGCCUCUAUCAUCCCAAAGCUUUCCAAGUCCACCCUCAACUUGCUCGCCUCCAUCAGAAAUUCCCCGCAAGAGUCACGGGCCAAGGCAGAUGCUGGAAAAGCAUGGAUUGAUCCACCACCCACUUUUGUAAAUGGAAGUUCUGUUUGGAACUUUAAUCCCAAUUCAGCAUCAACAAAUGCCUCAAUGACGGUUCUACGCAACAGAACCAUUGCGCCCCGCCCUUUGGCACCGGCUCCUUCUAGCAAAACCGAUACUGCUCCUGUGGUCAGCACACCGAUCGCAAUCCAACGAGCGCUCCCGCCGUCUACAUUAUCAUCACAGCCAAAACCGGUUGCUCAAACUGUCAUCUCGAUUGUUCCCAAGCCCGAAAAGCCGAAGACUGAACAGCAACAUGUCACAAAUGAGCCGGCAUUGCCGUCUUCUGUCAUUCCUCCGGCGCCUCCGCUACUGUUGACUCCAUCAGCAGGGCAACUAACUCCAGUGAAGCCGGCUGUACGCAAGAAUACUGUCAAUUCCAGUAAACGUGCAAAACGGCGCAAACGUAUCAAAGCCGGCGACUCCUCGAGUUCCGAUGAAUCUUCGGAGGAUAUGGUACCAAUGGCGAGACAGACUAAAUCAGGGCGGCAAGUGAAUCGUCCAACCUACUUUGGACCUAUGCCUGAAACCAAACAAAGCGCAACACCGAGAAUGUCAUCAUCGGAAACUUCACCUGCCGGUGUCGUAAAACGACGGAAAAAGGUAUACCGCAAGAAUGGGAAAGACCUCAACAUCACUUGCAAACAUUGCCAAAGAAGUCACAGUUCUUCUACCAAUUUGAUUGUGUUUUGUGACGAAUGCAAUGUUGCGUGGCACCAAUUCUGUCAUGAGCCCCCUAUAGCCAAAGAGCUCAUUGAUGUUAAAGAAGCUGAAUGGGUUUGUAGGGAAUGCCGGCCUUUUCCAGAAAAACAAAGAGUUGCUUUGGUAAAACUCAAGCUACCACGAAAGAAAAGUUCGGUGGAAUCCUUGCCGAAACCCCUUGUUGCAGGCGAGAAGUUCACAGCAGAGCAGCAACGCGGAUAUUUGUCCAGUCUAUCACAUACAACUCUUGUCGACAUGCUAUUCAAGCUUUCGGAAACGAACCCAACUUUACCAAUGUUCCCAGAAAACCUCAUUGACUUGGAGAAAUCAAAAUUCGCGAUGAAACCAUUGAAUACAACAAUACCACAGAAUGAGCAUCAACAAGCAUCACCAGUCGAUGCACCUACAGUUACCAAGCGAGGCCGCGGUGAGGACUCUGACGAAUCAAGUUCUGAAUAUGAAGUCGAAGAGCAUCGCCUAUAUCCGCAACCUGGAUAUGGAUUCUUCUUGCCCUUAGAAGAAGAUGACGUUGACAUAUUAUUGGAAGAUCCUGCCUGCCCGACAUUCAGCUAUACAUUUCACGGUUAUGCAAAAGCAAAUACUAUUUCUAAGGGGCCUCUCGAUGUUACAGUAGCAGUUUGA